GUGUGGAUGGCGGAAUACAGUUGUGUGAUCAGUCGCAUUAGCCUUAAAUGAUAUGGGCGAACAAGUUGAUAGAUGUGUUUGUUUCAUGUGGCUAAGUGUAUCUAGGCGUGGCUAUGCGUUUCUAUGGGUAUCUAGGCGUAGCUAAGUGUAGCUAGACAAAGCUAGAUUUAAGUAGGUUUAGCUUGGUGUAGCUAGGUGGAACUAUGUGUAUCUAGGCGUAGCUAAGUGUUGCUAGACAUAGCUAGAUUUAACGAGGUGUAGCUUGGUGUAGCUAGGUGGAGCUAUGCGUUUCUAUGGGUAUCUAGGCGCAGCUAAGUGUAGCUAGAAAUAGCUAGAUUUAACUAGGUGUAGCUUGGUGUAGCUAGGAGGAGCUAUGCGUUUCUAUGGGUAUCUAGGCGUAGCUAAGUGUAGCUAGACAUAGCUAGAUUUAACUAGGUGUAGCUUGGUGUAGCUAGAUGGAGCAAUGUGUAUCUAGGCGUAGCUGCGCGUCGGUAGGGAAAUGUGCCCCCCCCCCCCCGGAAAGUUAAUCGAUUUUUUUGCCCCCCUCCCCUUUUAGAAAGUUUUCUACGGUUAUCUAUGUUACAGAUAAUUAAAUGUGGCUUAUUUACGACUCUGCAGAAAAUAGAGACAAUUAGAUAUUUAUACAGUAACACUCUUUGAAUGCAUCAAUUUUUUUUUCAAUUAUUGAAGAUCAUAGUAGUAAUCUCUAAAUAAAUUGCUUACAUGUCAAUAUAAUUGUUUCUUUUAAGGAAAAAAUAAAGAAAUUGAUGAAUCUUUGUUUAGGUCAACAGUUCUAUCUUAUCUGUUUGAUAAUUCAUUUACAAAUGUUUUUAAUAUCAGUUUCCUUCAGUUCACGCCAUGGUCAACAAAUCAGCUGUUCCAACGGCCAUUUUGGCUUUAGCCCUUCUUUAUUUUGGUGAGUAAAUGAAACAUACGUUAACCAGAUAAAUAGAGAUUAAAGUUGAAAACAAGAUUUAUAAUUUUUUUUUUUUAAAUGGUUUGGAAAAGCUAUUGAAACUCAAUAAGCUGAUUAAAAGAAAGAGAAAAUAAAUGCAAAAUAUUGUCAAUACAACUGAUACUUUGAUAUUUUUGAGUCACGUAAUAAUCAUCACUUGGCCUUGAACUCUAUUCCCCUUCGGGUUUUGCUCUUUAAGGUUGUAUGGUCCUAAGUUUAACAUUUACAUUUUCUAACUAAUGCCACUUAGUAUUUAAAUGGGAAGAAAAAAAAAUUCCCCAAAUAUCUAAUUUUAAUUUGUUGAGCUCUUUACAAAAUGACGUCAUCAAAAUAGGUUGUAGCGAUGUGGAAACGUUUUCCGUUUGUAAACAACCAAAGCAAUGCACUGGUGUUUCAAUGUUAUCCUAUGUCAUCAGUGGUUAUCUCAACCCGUUGAGCUCAUCUCCAUGUUAUCUGCGUGACACAAACACCGAAGGUCAUUCUGUCUUGUUUACCCUUAAGUACCUGAUAAAAAGUCUCAGUACAAGGUUCGCAGUAUUUAAUGGCUGAUUGCUUUUCUGAAAACAGUUGACAAUGAUUCAAACACUCUUGUAUCUGUUCCUCGCGUAUUUCAGUGACUUAUCCAGGGGUUCCCAUGCUCGGGUGAUCGUAGAGGUGACAGGAAGGUUUUUUUUUUUUGGUAUUUUGUUUUUUUUAACGACACACAUUUGUUUUUAAUUUCCUAUAUAUGUUUCCAUCUAUAUAUAUAUAUAUAUAUAUANUAUAUAUAUAUAUAUAUAUAUGUAUAUAUAUAUAUAUAUAUAUAUACAUAUAUAUAUAUUUAUAUAUUUUUUUAAAAAUCUUCAUUCGCUCUAUAUAAGUAACACAUUUAUUUUUUUCUACAGCGGCCUUAAAAAUAAUUGAAUUCACAACAACAAAAACAAGAAAAGAAAAAUGGAAGUGAUUUUUUCCCCCCUUAUUUAAAUUUCUAAUGCACCCUUACUUUAUGGAGCUGUAAUCAAACAAAACAAUUCGGAGAGGGAGGGGGGGGGUCUAGAAAAUAAAUAUGAUGACGAAAUCUUAACACACCGGCAGUUGAUAUUUAUUUUUAUUCCUCCAAUAGAAAGAGUUUGAAAUUGUGAAUUAUAACUUUAUUUUUUAAUUUAAAAAAAAAUAACAUAAAAAAAAAAAAUCAAAAAAAAUUUGCGUCGAGAAAAACAGGGUUAGAGAGCACAAAGGAGCCGCCAUAGUUUACAGUGGUUUAGGUUCGUCUCGGUCCGCAUAGGUCGGUAUCUUUCACGACUUUACAAUUCAAAUUCACUUCUACUUACCUGAUAUUAAGGCAGUGCAGGCCUGGCCUUUUAGGGUAGCUAGGAGCUUCCAGCUAGAUCAGCGGUUCUCAACCUGUGGGUCGCCUAAGACCAUCAGAAAGCACAUAUUUAUGAAGUAGCAAUGAAAACAAUUUUAUGAUUGGGGGGUUCACCACAAAAUGAGGAACUUUAUUAAAGGUUCGCGGCAUUAGGAAGGUUGAGAACCACGGUGCUUGGCGGAUCCUAGUAAAUAUUGUUUUGUUUUUUGGUUUUGGUUUUUCUGGGGGGGGGGAGGGUGUUGCGGUUAGGAGGGUGCUACCAGAUGUGAGUUAGGAGCACCGACAUGCCCUACAUUUUAGAUACUAUUAUAUAAGAAACAAAGAGUUUUAAGUCGUUAGUUCUUAAGUUUAGCCUAUCACGUUCUGGGAUUUAUUCAAUUUUCUCACUACUUAUAUUUUCUUGUUCCUUUCCCUUAGUGUGAUGUUGUUGUGGCUGUUGCUGUGGUGUUUUUUGUUGUGGUGGUUGUUGUGCUCGGUGUUAUUGUGUGUGUUGUUGUGGUUGUUGCUGUGGUUGUUGUUGUGGUUGCUGUUGUGGUUGUUGGUGUGGUUGUUGUUUUCGUGUGGUUUUUUCCUCUAAAAUUAGUUUCAAUGUCCGAAACAACUUUCUUAAUAAACGUGGCUUCCUACUACCGAGAUCAAAGACAAUGACAUUAAAUCAAUCAAGUAAAAUUCAAAGUAGUACGCCACGUCGAUGAAGCGAUUUCUAUGUCUUCGAUUCUCAGUUAGGUUUGUUUUUUUUAUAUCGUUACCGAAAUGGUGUGACAUUCACGCACUAGGUAAAAUGAACAUAAAUAGCGUCGCACGGGGGAAUAUUCUUCAUUCCCCAAUAAGCAGUCAAGAGUAAUUCAUGAAGGAAUUUAUCAAUUAGCUAUGCACAUCAGAAUUAUGUGCACCGUGUGCGGAAUAAUUUUGUUAGCAUCACAAAAUAAAUUUUACAUAUAUUUAUUUCAACUUGAUAUCGCUCGCCAAACAUUAGCGGCAGCAGUGCGUGAGCUUACCAUCUACUAAAGUUGCUUGACAAAAACGUGAACUCAAAUUACGCACAUUUAAGAAUGCCAAUUUUGCUACACCCCUUUCCCCCCCACCCUCAUUUUUUUCAUUAUUAUAGCAGACCCGCGGUUUAGCAUACGCCGCCAGCUUGUUGGGGUGUGCGCAUGGCUGGCAAACGAGGGUGGUGCAGGAGAGUGGGGUGGUAGAUCAACCGCAGUGCGCUUGUCUCGAGACCAACGAUGGGCAGGCAAGGGAAGGGAGGGGGAGGGUCUUCCUGCGUCUUGCUUGCUCUGGCGUAUCUAUAUAUAGCCUGCGUCGUCGUCUUGCUUCUUGUUUGCCCUAGUUUCGCUCAGGAAUUAUAUAUAUAGAUUUUUUUUUUAUUGUUUAUUUUGAACAUCUGUUUCUGAUCAGCAGCACUGAUGGUGUCAGCAGGGCCCUUGGCGUCAAUGACACGCAGUCACGUGAGCAAGCGCAGCAUCGUACAGCUCUGCGAGGUUCUGGAGGCAACCACGGAUAAGAGCUGCUUAAAGUUCAACAACUACGGAUGCUUUUGUGGAUACGGCAGCGUGGGUAGCAAUCCAGUGGAUGGAGUGGAUAGGUAACCCAUUGACCAGUGACUCCGACUUUAAACUCAACAUUCUGAAAGCAACCAACAUUCCUAAAACUGGAUGGCUAGCGCAGGGGUCAGAAACCUUGUGGAGAAAGUGUGCAAAAGUAGGAUGUCUCAUUCGUUUAGCCUACCAACAAAUCACACGUCUACAUCAUAAGUAACUGUUUAUAGUUGUUCGGGUGUUUUUUUCUCCCGUCUGCCAUUGGAAAAAGUAUACGCGCGCCUAGGCGAUGCAUGACCCCCUGCUCUAGAGCAUAAAAGAUCUUGCUCCUCUACCCGCAAUCAUUUGGUUAAACCCGGACAUUUUGAAUUUCCGAAGUAUUUAUUAUUUUCUUAAAGGAAUUUAAUUCGUCUUAAGUAACAAGCCCUAAACACAAAGUUUUUCGUUUCAAUCUUUUAGAAAAUGAUAUUUCAGGCAAGGGGUAUGGAGCUGAAAAUUUGACAAAACAUGUAUAAAAUUCAUGCAUUUUAUUAGAAUCUCAAUAAGUGGUUCGCCCUCCCCUAAGGCUCUCAAACAAACACUUUUUUCGUGUCACUGAGUUAUAUUCCGUUUUAUCACUGCAGAUCUAUUUCACCAACUAUUUCAGAAAAAAAAAUAAAUAAAAUAAUAUAACGCACACAACAUACUUGAGAGAUUAAAAAAAAAUUUCUUAUUUAGCUCAGAUGUCGGGAAUUUUAUUUCGUGAAAUCUUCUUCAUCAUAUUUCUUUUAUCUCCCCCCUUGAAAAACAGGCAAAACUGAUUUUUGGGGUUUGGGGAGGUUGUGGGGCUGAAAAUUUGAAAGAAUGUGUUGUCAUCGGUAAAGAGUAAAUAUGCCAAAUUUCAGUUCGAUUAGUUGACGGGAAGUGGGUCAAUAAGCUUUAUGAAGAUUUUAUCAUGAACUAACAAAAGCGAAUUUGAUAUAAAGGAUUUAAAACAAGGAGGCCGUGAACUAACCUGGAGAUGACGUCAGCCCAUAUCCAACGGGCAGUUAUGUGUUAGUCUUGAUAAUCUAGGGGCCUCCCCAAAGAUGCACGUGCAUGAAUCCCAAUGAAUGUUAUCGUGUGUCCAUUUCAGAUGCUGCAUGAUUCACGAUCACUGUUACCAUUCACUUCAGUGUCACUGGUUUAGUGACCCACACCUGACCGUGUACUCCGUGAAUUAUACAGACAGAGUGGCUACCUGCCUAGGUAAGAAAAUAUGUUCCUUCUGCAUUAUUACUGAAAGAGUAGCAUUGGUGUUUUGUUUUUUUUUACGGUGUAAGCACCGGUUGCUACCGAGUUGGGCCGGCGCCCUGGUACCAAACUUCGGGCAAGUGUUCCCCCGACCGGACGCGUUUUCGCCGCCACAGGUGCACAGUUGACCCUUGCUCCAGCAGUCUGGUGAAAGGUCGAAUCCAAUCAACAGCUGUCGGGGCAAAAUGAAAUGUCACAGACAGCUGCGUACACGUCACUCCAGGCUGUUGCAGUCUAUGUAUAUUGGAAUGAUUACAUUAAUAUGUAUUUUUAAAAAAUGCUCAUUUGAAUAUAUAUCGUACUUUGAUCAUAGGGUUAAUUACAAAUGUUCAAAAAAGAGUGAGAAAUCAGGCAGAGUCAUACAUCAGUAUACUGUACAUCUUACAAGUGAAAAUCGAGACUGUUAUUGUUAUUCCACCUCUGGUCCAGUUGUUUAUGUAUUUAUUUAUGUUUAUUUUUAUUGAAAACAUUUAAAAGGGCUAAAUAAUUUAUUCGUUGGGGGGGGGGGGCUAAAUUUACCAUUACCAUGUUGACGCCUUGAAAAAUAUUGAUAAUUUUUAUUAUACUGGGGGUGGAUGGUCUACAUCAGGCUUUCUUGGGUCCAAGGCUAUCGUGGGUCCAAGGCUAUCGUGGGUCCAAGGCUAUCGUGGGUUCAAGGCUCUCGUGGGUCCAAGGCUAUCGUGGGUCCAUGGCUCUCGUGGGUCCAAGGCUAUCGUGGGUCCAAGGCUAUCAUGGGUCCAAGGCUCUCGUGGGUCCAAGGCUAUCGUGGGUCCAUGGCUCUCGUGGGUCCAAGGCUAUCGUGGGUCCAAGGCUAUCGUGGGUCCAAGGCUCUCGUGGGUCCAAGGCUAUCGUGGGUCCAAGGCUCUCGUGGGUCCAAGGCUAUCGUGGGUCCAAGGCUAUCGUGGGUCCAAGGCUAUCGUGGGUCCAAGGCUAUCGUGGGUCCAAGGCUCUCGUGGGUCCAAGGCUAUCGUGGGUCCAAGGCUCUCGUGGGUCCAAGGCUAUCGUGGGUCCAAGGCUAUCGUGGGUCCAAGGCUAUCGUGGGUCCAAGGCUAUCGUGGGUCCAAGGCUCUCGUGGGUCCAAGGCUAUCGUGGGUCCAAGGCUCUCGUGGGUCCAAGGCUAUCGUGGGUCCAAGGCUAUCGUGGGUCCAAGGCUAUCGUGGGUCCAAGGCUAUCGUGGGUCCAAGGCUCUCGUGGGUCCAAGGCUAUCGUGGGUCCAAGGCUCUCGUGGGUCCAAGGCUAUCGUGGGUCCAAGGCUAUCGUGGGUCCAAGGCUAUCGUGGGUCCAAGGCUAUCGUGGGUCCAAGGCUCUCGUGGGUCCAAGGCUAUCGUGGGUCCAAGGCUAUCGUGGGUCCAAGGCUAUCGUGGGUCCAAGGCUAUCGUGGGUCCAAGGCUCUCGUGGGUCCAAGGCUCUCGUGGAUCCAAGGCUAUCGUGUGUCCAAGGCUCUCGUGGGUCCAAGACUCUCGUGGGUCCAAGGCUAUCGUGUGUCCAAGGCUAUAGUGGGUCUUGAAGCUUCCAGACUGCUGUGAGAAACUGGUUUACCACUACAUAUGCAAUUUGAUGAGGAAAGUUUAUAACAUUUUUGAGAUGAAAGUUGCGAAUCCUUUGUGGGGACAGAACUACCCAUAUACUAUAUGAUACUGAUUCUUAGUCUUGACGCUUUCCAAAUUCUAGACUCAUUCAAGGGAAUAUUAAAAGGCCAGAAUCUUAUAUCAGGUUGUUUUUUUUUACACCAAUAACAGGACAUUUUGUUUGUUAGGCACAGUGAUGUGUUGUUAGAAGUGUUAAAUUAAAAUCUGGGUUCUCGACACAUUAGUACCUAUAAUAUUAAUAGCAAAAAAGAAAAAAAAAUGGAGAUGAAUGAAACAAAGUUUCUGGAAAACCUGAAAAAAGGAACGCAACAAAACAAUUUAAGGUGAAGCCUUCAUCAGCGAACAAACAACAGUAAAAUCAGAAUUAAAUUCUAAAAAAAAUAGCUGAAAAGUAAUAUCAAAAGAAUUAGAGCAAUUACCGGUUGAAAGAAAACUUUCUGAUCAGUGGUUAAAUAUACAAAUAUUCACGUGCAAUAUUUUUCUCACAGAUUCCCCAACGUUAUGGCCCUGUGCCUACAAGGCUUGUCGCUGCGAUGUCCAGUUCGCUGCAUGUGUAGCUACGGCCAACUACAACGAUUCCUACAGGAGGUACAACAAGGUCAUGUGCCACUAAUGGUUUCAAUGAACAAGUGUGAUUUGUAUCACAAAUAGAGGACACGUUACAGGAAAGGCUUGUUGUUACGGAAACAAUAUAUUAUAGAAGAUUAGACAGACGAUGACACCAAAUGAUGGAUCAUUACUACUAUUUGGGAUAAUUUUUCAUGGACGGAUUCUGUGAAAGCAUAACUUAAUUACCAUAAUUUACGAUGAAAUAACAGACUAAUGUAAUUAUCAUACUUUACGAUUAUUAGCCUGUCAAAAUGAUAUAAUUUUUUUGAUGCAAGCACUUACAUUCUUUUACUUCUGAGUUUAUUCUAAAGGAAAGAAUUUACCUCAAUAAAUAUAAUUCCUUCAAACAAUUGAAAAAUAUGUGCCUAUGAUUCUUCGAACCAUUUCUAUAUUGCCUUUACAUCGCCUUCAUCUUGGAUUUGACCAAACGGGUCUAAAAUAGCUAGACUUUGAACACGCACGUGCAAAAAGUGUUUAAAAUGGAAAAUUCCUAUGCAUAAUUGUAACCGAUUACACUGGUAGCUUGAGAAUUCUACACUGGUGUGCGUGUGUAUAUGUUUACAAAUCUUAAUAAUUAUUAAUUCUGUUGGUCCCGUCCGAAUUUUGCAUGAUGACAAAUACCAUUUAGCCUGUAUUAAUUAUUUAUAUGCAAUAGGAAUGAAUCUAACUGAAUGCUAACUACAAUUAAUUAAUACAAUUUACACAUUAGUUUUUAAUUCUAAACGUUUGUGGAUGUAUUCUUGAUUUCAAUUCUUUUCCAAUAAUACUUUAUUUUUUAAAAAACAAAUUACCAAAUUGUAACAAGGGCUUUAACAAGAAGGCCAAAAUAAUGUUGGUUUUCAACACAGAAAUGUGCGUUGUCAGAAAAAAAAUCAGAUAUGUAGGACCAACGUUCUCAUGACAUUCAAAGGCUUCUCAAAUUAUUACACACCUUGAAACACCUCCUUGGAACGAGUGGUAUUUUAUGCUGCUUUGGAAACAUAAUAUUCUACGUGUAUUUUUAAUGGCUAAUGGAGGAGUACCGUGACAGUAGUGACGUGAUAGUAGUACCCUGAAAGUAGUACGUGACAGUAGUACCGUGACAGUAGUGACGUGACAGUAGUGCCGUGACAGUAGUGCCGUGACAGUAGUACCGUGACAGUAGUGCCAUGACAGUAGUGCCGUGACAGUAGUGACAUGACAGUAGUGACGUGACAGUAGUGCCGUGACAGUAGUGAUAUGACAGUAUUACCGUGACAGUAGUGACAUGACAGUAGGACCAUGACAGUAGUGACAUGACAGUAGUACCGUGACAGUAGUACCGUUCACUAACGAUGCAUUUCUUUUGGGGUCUUUUUAUGUUUCGAUAAAUGCAACCAUACACGUGCUCAAACAUACACACACACACACACACACACACAAACCCCCCCCCACACACACACACUGAAGUAAUGAUGUCGGUAUGAUGACGAGCGAUUGGUCUCCAUGAGACGCCGGUGAAGUGUCUUGCCAGAGAACCAGAUGGUAACUAGAGCCUGAUAUAAAAAUAACUAAUUUUUUGUUUUGUUUAACCAGUCUGAAUAUGUAAUUUCUUUCGCGAAAGUUUUUACAGUGAGCAAUGGAAAGUAACAGAAUAACAGUUGAUCCUUAUAACUAGCGUUAAAAUUAAACAACAAAAAACUAGAGUUGUUUUUUUUCUUCAUAUAAAAGCUUCCGUAACAUUAGAGGUAAUUCUGAGCUAGUGAAACAAGCAUGGACUGAUGAAGACGAAAACGAUUUUUAU